AUGGUAACCCUGGUACUUCGCCUGCCUAGUGGUCCAGUGUCUCUGUUUGGAGUUGAGUUUUGUUUUUCUUCAUCUUCACUCCCCAGCAGCUACCACUUACCUACCCAGCUCGGCAAAGGACGUGCUGCCCGGCCCGCCGGACUUGGAGCUGCCCAGCCCAUUGGUGCCAUCACCGAGGAGGAAGCGACGGCCGCGCCACCGGCGCGUCACCCCACAGCCGGACUUCAAGAUGUCAAAGCAGCCGGUUGUGUGCUGGGCUGCGGCUGGGCCGGUGGACGAAUUGUGCCGAAAUGUGAACUGAGGGACCAACUGAUCUGGGCAACCAGCAACCUUCCACAGAAAGCAAAAGAUUCAGGACUGGACAGUGAGAAGUUUGUGACCAAGAUCGUCUGUUUUGUGGAAAACGUAUCAGAAUUUAACACCAGUUUGGUCAGUAACGGGCUGAGAGACGAUGGCAUUUGGCAGAAGAACGAUUCUUCUGGGGACUCAGACGACACACUCUAUGGCAUUUUCCAGCUCUGGGAUCAGCUGGUCUGUGGUAACGGCACAAAUCCAUCACCAAAUAUUUGUGCGAUAAACUGCAUGGACUUGAUUGAUGAUGACAUACAAGACGAUGUCCGCUGUCUGAUGAAGCUCUUCGUCGAUCUGGUUGAAAAUGGUUUUGGGGCAGCCCAUUGGAAGGAGCUAAAGAAAGAGAUUAAGCUCAUCUUGCAGGAUAAGUGCAAAGAUAAGCAAGCAGCUGAGUACUUUGCUGAAUGCUAUUAGUGAUGAAUCCUAUGUCAACAGGAGUAAAGUGAUUUGUGAAAAUAAAAUAAAACUAAAGCAUGUAAAGUAAAGAUAUAGAGUUGUCUGGAAGAACUGAAUGGAAUCUAUGAGAUGUGGAUUAAGAUGAGCAGUGUGAAGAGAAUACAGAAAUGCUAACCAGUGACUUAGAUAAGUAGAGAUAUUAAUGACCUAUGGCACUGGUACUGCCACGGAGCAGCUCAAAGCACAAACAGUGAGACCACACAGAUAAUUAAGUUUUGAAUAGCAACAACAACAAAACAAUCAAAUUCAAUUACCAUCAAAAUAUAUGUGAGUUCAUGAAUGUAGUGAAGGUCUUAAAAGGAAGAAAGAUGCUGUUAGCAUCAAGCAAUUUUUUUUUUUUUUUUUUUAAACAGUCAGCCAGUAGGUGUACUUCCUUUAGGAACUGCCUCUCACACCCUGCCUGUCUCCUACACAAAACCAGAAAGAGGACAGAGCAGGCAGAGUGGGAGUGCUCCUCACCAGUGUGAGGUUGAUUACUAAACUUUGGCAUAAGGAGACACAAUAUAAUGUAGGAUGUACUCUUUACUUUAUUGGGAGUGUUCAACAGUGGUGGGUCAAUUCCACCUUACUGUACACAUAAGGAGAACUUUAUUUAAAGUCAUAAAUAUCAGAGAUUGAACACUAUCUCCGUGGGAAGUGGACCUAAAUUUUCAAAAACAAAAUGUAAAGCUGUUUAUUCAGUUUUAUGGUACUGUGUAUGUAGUGUAUAUGAUGCCAAUCGACAAGUAAAAUUCCCUUUCAGUUUUGUCAAGAGCCCCAACAGUUCUAGCAGGAUGGUGGAGAGCUAUCCAACUUGUUCUUACUCCAAGGUGUCAAAUGCUGUCAGAGGCUGUUGGCCUCACAGAGACGAACAAGGUGUCCUUUAGUGUCACUGCCCUGACAGCAGCAAACCAAUAACCACUCAAGAUGGUUAUUGGUUUGCUAGUUUUAGGCAACAAAGAUUGUGGUUUGAGUAAAAAUUGACCCAUCAAAACACUAACUCUGCAUACUGAAAAGAAUGACACUAAGAGCGCUAAACAUGCUGGAAUCAGAGCUGGGAUUAAUCAUGCAUAUGUGACCAGCACUGGGGGACGAUUUGGACAAUUUUAUUUUUAAACCCAUGACUAAAAACUAAAAAGGCAUUUGUUGCUACCCUGAAAAGGAGACAAAGAUUGUCCUGUCAUUUCACAAAAAUGUGUGGUUAUAUGAUUCUACCUUUUAUUUACAAGAACAAAAUCCAGAACCAUUUCAUGUUUUUAUUCACCCCAGUUGCUUUAAAAGCACCAGUUAACUUAACUCUAUGCAUGUCUUUGGACUGUGUUAGGAAGCUGAAGUACUGGGAUAAUAUGCAAACUCAACACAGAAAGGUUGAUCCCACCUUGAUUCAAAUGCAGGACCUUUUUGUUGGCAGGUGAUAGCCCUUGAAGGGCUGUAGUUUAAUUAUUUUUGAUCCUCAAUAAUGAAGACAUCUUUUUGUUCAAACAUAAUAUGUGACACAAUAACAAAUGCUAAAAAUAAUUCUGUGCUUCUUUCAGCCUGGCAUAUUUACAAAUAAUACAGCUAUCAUGGUUUAAUGUGUAGUGUUGGGAACAUAAAUCAGAUUUCUACUGAAGAUUAUGACCAUAACAUGUGAUUGUGUACAUCAUACAGUGUAUUAAAACCAUAUUAGAGUAA